AUGAGGGGAAACGGGAGACGGGGAGAGCGGGUAGGUGGAGUAGGGAUACUGGGAAAGGAACGUGUAGGGGCAGGGUUGGGGAAUGGGGAACAAAAAGGCAGGAAAGGGAAGGUGAGGGGACGGGAUGAGAGGGAGGUGGAGGGAGGGAAGGUGGGGAGGAGAGAGAGGGAUGAGGAGGGUGGGUGGUAUGGAGGACAGAUGGGGAGGCGGCUGAAGGGAGGAGAUGGGGCGGGGGAUGGGGAGGGGGAAGGGGAAGGUAAGGGGGAGGGGAACGGGGAGGGGGAAAGGAAGGGGAAGGGUACGGGGGAGGGGGAAGGAAAGGGGAAGGGGGAAUGGGAGGAGGAGGGCGGGGGUGAGAAGAUGAUGGAUGCCGAUGGGAAGGAGUAUGUGGGAAAGAUGCCUAUAUGGGUCGCUUUGGCUGUCAAUAUGCUGUAUGCGCAGCGGCAUGGGUAUCGACUGGUGGUGGAGAAUGGGACAAAAUACACUCAGGAUCGACACCCCUCGUGGUUCAAGAUACCAUUCCUGCAGGAGCAACUGGCGUGCUGCUGCAAGUGGGCCUUCUUUCUCGACUCAGAUGCAUACAUGCGCAUGAACCACCACCGCCUCUCCAUUGAAGCCUGGAUCCAAAGCAUCAAUCAACCCAAUUAUUUCGAUUGGUUGUUGAGAGCAAACCGUACGGAAUCACUGGACGGCCAGGUUUGGGUCCCACAAGACCCAGCCCUGCUGCUACAGCCGACCAACGCGCUACAGCCGGAAGGCCCUGUGGUUCUGUUACCACGGAAUGGGGACCUGGGAGCGGGGUUUGAGGGGGGCGUUGGGACGCUGUUUAAGGAGAAGACAAAUUUCAUCAAUGCGGGAGUGAUGCUCUGGCGGAGGUCUCGAGACAGCUUCAAGUUCUAUCAGCAAUGGUACAAUGUAAGUGACGACGAGUACGAGUUGUACAAUCACGUGUGGGAGCAGGCAAAUCUGAACAACGUUGCUCGUGAACCGGAGUGGAGGGGGAAGGUGAUAGUCGUGCCAUAUGCCGAGCUUACAGGCCCGCAGGGAGCAUUUGUUAGGCAUGUGUGGGGCGGGUUGCCCGAGGGAGAACACGGUCGGGUGGUGGUUGAAGCGUUAGAGGAGGCGCUGGGGUUCCUGUAG